UGUAAUUCUUAAUUUGUCUUAUUAUGAUAAAUAUAGUAAAGCUGAAAAGCAAUUUGAAUUCAGUGUUACUUUGAAGAAUGCGAAAGUAACACGAUAAAAGUGUGAUACAGUGAAAUUUUCAAAAAUGGAUAACAGUGAUAAAACUUCUCUUUUGUUAAAUGACGAAAAUCAAUCAGUUUUGAAUUAUAGAACUAGUUAUCCUACUUUACAAAUUAAAUCGAAAGAUUUAAAAAGUUCAAUAGAGAACAAUAAUAAUUAUGACUAUUCCACUAUUGUUAGACGAUAUUCUUCAAAUUCAAAGGGUGUUAUGGCACAGUGCUUGGUGACAGGUGCAGUAUUUAUUUUAAUGGCAGGUUGUGGCAUGCCAAUUGGUUAUAGUGCAAUUCUUUUACCCCAAUUAUUAGAAAGUAAUGGAACUCUUCAUAUUGACACUGAAACAGGAUCAUGGAUAGCUUCAGUGCAUAGUUUAGCUACACCAAUUGGAGCAUUAGUUUCUGGGCCCUUAAUGGAUUUUAUUGGAAGAAGAGGAUCACUUCAGCUGGCAGCAAUUCCCCUUUGUUCUGGAUGGAUAAUUAUGGCUUUCGCUAAAUAUGUCCAUCAUUUCUUCUUAGGGAGAAUUCUAUCCGGAUUUGCUGUUGGAUUAACCGCAGUUCCCUCUCAGGUAAUAUUAGGAGAAAUGGCAGAUCCAGGACUUCGAGGAAUGUUAGUGGGUGGCACAAUAGCAGCAUAUUCUGCAGGAAUUCUUUUCGUUUAUGCUUUAGGUGCAAUUUUAAGAUGGGAUUUUGUAGCCAUUUAUGGAACAAUUCCAUCAAUAUUGGGAUUUAUGACUCUUUGUAUGGUUCAUGAAAGUCCUGCCUGGCUAAUCAGGCAAAAUCGAGUAGAAGCUGCAAAAAAGGCACUUCUAUGGCUCAGAGGCGGUGAUAAGGCUCAGGUAAUAAUUGAAGCUUCCAUUUUAGAGGCAAGAGCAAAUGCUGAUCUUGUCAGGAAGUCAAUUAAUCCUUCUUUAAGAGAAAAAGCUUUAUCAGUAUUUUCAACAAUCUUCAAUCCAGGCGUCAUUAAACCACUGAUUAUAAUUAAUGUCUUUAAUGUUCUUCAACUCCUCAGUGGGACUUAUGUCAUUAUUUUUUAUGGAGUUGACCUCAUGAAACAUAUAGGCGUAAAUAGUUUGGAUAAUUAUUUAUGGGCAGCUUUAUUGGCUGUUAUGAGAUUAAUAUUUUCUAUUUGUGCUUGCUUCCUAUUGUUGAAAAUGGGCAGAAGAACAUUGGCUCUUCUCUCUGGUAUUGGAACAGGAUCAUCGGCCUUAAUUUUGGCGAGUUACUUAUUACUUCAAAAAGGAGUCUCCUCUUAUGAUAUUUACGUCCUUGGUUCAUGUCUUUUGAUCUAUGUGGCUGCAAAUACCAUUGGAUUUUUGAGCUUACCAGGAAUUAUGGUGGGUGAAUUGCUUCCUCAAAGAGCUAGAGGUUUAGCAGGUGGUUUCAUUUUUUCAUUGUUUCACCUAACACUUUUUGGCGUUACAAAAUACUUUCCUCAGAUGACAGAAUCAAUUGGUAUGCCUGGUAUAUUUUUAAUCUUUGCCAAUUUUGCAUUUAUGAAUGUUGUCUUUACCUAUUUCAUUUUGCCCGAGACUAAAGAUCGUACUCUUCAGGAAAUUGAAGAUUAUUUUCAGGAAGGAAAUCUUUUCUGGAUCACAAAAAAAGAAGAACGAAAACAAACUGAACCAUUAAUUUAAUGACAUGCAAUGAUCAUAUAAACGAUAAUUAAGUCCACAAAGUUUAUGAUAAAUGAUUAAAAAACAAAUUUUUUGUAACAUGGAAAUUUAUAACAUGUUUUAGCUGUAAAAAUGUUUCUCAUAAUUUAUUGAUAAAUAAACACUGCAAGAAAUAUUUUUAAGACAAAAAUUCGUAGAAUUUGUCAAAAAAAAAAAAUAUAUAUAUUUCUUUAAAAAUCGUUGAUUAUAAACUUUGUGAACUUCAGCAAUGAUCAUUACAUAAGUAAAAAAUAAAUCUACUGCCAAAAAAAAACGCUGUUUGAAGAUUUAAAUAUUGUACUUUUGUGAUUAUUAUUUUUUUAAUGUAUAGAAUCGCAAAUUAGAAACAAAUCAUAAUUUAU